AUGUCUCUCAUUGAGGUGGAGAGGAAGUUCCAGCGUCUUGCUGUCAAAGAUUUAAUGCUUGAUGGGGGGAUACCGCCGUUUCGGAGUCUGAAGUACUGUGGCAAACAAAAGAUUCACGAUAUCUAUUACGACAAGGCAGAUAUGCUUUCUUCCUGUGGUCUCUGGGUACGCCAAAGGAAUAAUCACUGGGAAGCAAAAAUCAAGAGGGGCGGUAAUUACAUCAAUUCCAAAUUUGAGGAACUUUCUUCCCCGGUCAGCAUUGCUCGUCGCUUGGAAGAAUUGACCGGCAUUCGGGCAAGUGGUCAUCAAAAUUUCGGACUCCAACCAAUGGCCUCCUUUACUACGCUGCGCGAGAGCUGGCAAGCGGACGAAAAGUUUACUAUUGUGCAGGAUGUCAUGGACUUUGGUCAUACAGUGGGUGAAGUAGAACUUCAAUGUCGUCUGGACAGUUCGGGUUCCGGCUCCGAGGCCUGUCGUGAUGCUAAGAUGGCGCAAAUGGACGCGGAAAUUGUGGCUUUCAUGAAGCGCUACCUUUGGGCGUUUAUCCUGGGCGUCCCGAAGGGAAAGUUGACAGCUUACUUCGAGAGGACCCGGUCUAAGUGA